AUGGCUUCCAGAGACCAGGCUGUGGCUCUACUAUGCGCCGCUAGAACGCACGGCGAUGUUGCUAUCAAGCUUUCUUCCCUGAGGCAGGCCAAAGACAUUCUCUUGUCCGUAGACCCGUCCUUGGCCGCCGAGCUCUUCCCGUACUUGGUCGACCUUCAGUAUUCGCCUCACAAUCUCGUUAGGAAGAUGCUCCUUGAGAUAAUUGGUGAAAUUAGUAUGAAAGCGAUGGAACAUUGUCACCUGUUAGUGCCUGUUUUGUUGGCUCUUCUAAGAGAUUCGGAUCCUAUCAUUGCGAGGGACGCUGUUGCCAGUGGCAUACAUUUUUACUGUGCUGUUCUGGAGGAAAUGGCAUUGCAGUUUCACCAACGUGGAAAAGUAGAACGCUGGCUCGAAGAACUCUGGCUUUGGAUGCUUAAAUUUAAAGAUUCUGUUUUUUCCAUGGCUUUUGAGGCUGGUUCCAUUGGACCGAAGCUGCUGGCAUUGAAGUUUCUGGAAACAUAUAUUUUACUUUUUACAGCUGACACCAAUGAUUCCGACAACAGUGUUGUGGGAGGAAGUAGACGGUUAUUUAAUAUAUCAUGGUUGGGAGGUUACCACCCUGUGUUGGAUCCAGUUUUCUUCAUGUCUGAUGCAAAUAGGACUUUAGGUAUUCUAUUGGAUUUUCUAAGGUCGCCGAGAAGUCUUCCUGGUUCAUUGAUAAUUGCCAUUGUUAAUUGUCUUUCAGCUAUAGCAAGGAAGAGGCCUAUCCACUAUGAUAUCAUCCUUUCAGCAUUGCUUGAUUUUGAUCCGAACUUUGAGACUGCUAAGGGUGUUCUUCCAGUCAGUAUCCAGUACUCCUUGAGGACAGCCUUUCUAGGAUUCCUUCGGUGCACCAGUCAUACCAUUAUAGAGUCAAGAGAUAGGUUGUUGAUGGCUUUACGUGCCUUGAAUGCUGGGGAUGCUGCCGAUCAAGUUGUCCGCCAAGUUGAUAGAAUGAUAAAGAAUGGCGAGCGUAGCUCACGUGAAUCCAGGUUCAGUACCAGGGAUGAUCAACAAUCAAACCAACCAGUCAUUUCAAUGGACCAAUCGAGGAAAAGAUCAAUGCCCCUGGAUACCGAUGAGCAAGCUAAUGGUCACGUGGUGUCUCUCAAGCGAACUCGUUAUGACCCGUCGAGUAUGGCAACUCACACUGAUCAUUCUGAGAAGGAUUCUAUUCUAGGCAAUGGCACGGCAGCUAAUGCCUCCCUAGUAGAUGGUGAUUUGACUCCUGCUGAACAGAUGAUUGCUAUGAUUGGUGCAUUACUCGGGGAAGGAGAGAGAGGGGCUGAAUCACUUGAAAUUCUCAUUUCAAAUAUUCAUCCUGAUCUACUUGCUGACAUUGUCAUUACUAAUAUGAAACAUUUGCCUACGACCUUUCUAUCUUUACCGAAGGUUGGGAGCUUGCCAAUUAGUCGCCAACUUGGCUCUCAGACCAGUCCUGCACAUGUUAUUGCUCCACCUAUCAUUCCAACCCAGUCUACUUCUCUAGCCCCUUCCUCUCAUGUUUCAACAUCUGCUCAACCUAUCAAUAUUUUGUCUCAAGCUGACACAUCAAAUGCCAAUAGCUUCCCGACAGAUUCUAAACGUGAUCCGAGACGGGACCCCCGCCGCCUGGAUCCACGUCGUACAAUGCCGCCUGCACCAACAUCUAUCGUGGAUGAUAUUGGUGUCGUGGAAUCUGAAUUUGAUGGGUCUUCUACUUUAAGUAAGUCUUCGUCAUUUUCUGUGCCAACACCUGCUGAGAAUGACCUGGAUGCUUUACCGUUAAACUACACAGUUAACGUAAAAGAAGAACCCACCCCUGAACUGGAUCAAGUUUCUACGAAAGAUGAGGGUUCAUGCACAGCUGAGGAACUUGUUCAUACUUCAGAGUCCGAUAUUGUUCCAGAACAUUCGUAUUCUCUUCCUGAUGAAGACAACCGUGAUGCAUUAGCAGUUUCAGAUUUUGAAGUGGCAUAUGAUGCUGAAACGUCUUUCGUGGAAUCUGAUGAGUAUUCUUCUCCUGCUGAUUCAAAAGAAUGUGUUACUGAGGAGACUUUUGGGGAUUUAGCCGAGCUUCCGUUGUAUGUUGAACUGGAUGAAGCACAACAAAGAAAUGAGAGGAACACAGCAAUUGAGCGGAUCAUUGAAUCCUAUGGGAAAUUAUCUGACGCUGAUUGCGGAAGCCAGAUGCGCAUGGCACUCCUUGCUCGGUUAGUUGCUCAGAUUGACGCAGAUGAUGAUGUUGUUGAGCUGCUGCAGAAACAUAUAACAGUGGAUUACCGACAACAGAAGGGGCAUGAGCUUGUACUUCACAUCCUAUACCAUCUGCAUUCUCUCAUAGCUGUAGAUGCAAAUGGAAACCCCUCAUAUGCUGCUGCAAUAUAUGAGAAAUUUCUAGUGGCAGCGGCCAAAUCUUUGCUUGAUGCUUUCCCAGCAUCUGACAAGUCGUUUUGUCGACUGUUGGGCGAAGUUCCGCUUCUGUCCACGUCAGCAUUGAAAUUGUUGGAAAAUUUGUGCUAUUGUGAUGUUUUUGAUUCACAUGGAAAUGAGGUUCGUGAUGUUGAACGAGUCACUCAGGGUCUUGGUGCCGUUUGGAGUUUGAUUCUUGGGCGACCAAAGGAUCGGCAAGCAUGUUUAGAUAUAGCGUUGAAGUGUGCUGUCCAUUCACAAGAUGAUGUCCGAGCAAAAGCUAUUCGGCUGGUGGCGAACAAACUUUACCAGCUAAGCUACAUUUCAGAAAAUAUUGAGCAAUUUGCAACCAGUAUGUUGCUAUCUGCCGUAGAUCAGCAGUCCUCAGAUGUGGAGCUUUCUCAGUCUGCUUCCGUUGCGCAAAGAGAAGGCGAGGUUGGAACCCAGGAAGCCUUGAUUAGUGGUUCUCAAGUUCAGAGCGUUUCUACCAUGUCUCUCCCAGAAGCCCAGCGUCUUCUGUCUUUGUUCUUCGCUUUGUGUACAAAGAAACCUAGUCUCCUUCAACUUGUCUUUGAUGUUUAUGGGCGAGCACCAAAAGCUGUAAAGCAGGCUGUUCAUCGUCAUAUACCCAUUCUUAUAAGGGCUCUAGGACCAUCUUAUUCCAAAUUGCUACAGAUAAUAUCUGAUCCACCUGAAGGGUGUGAAAACCUUUUGAUGCUGGUGGUCCAAAUACUAACUCAGGAGACAACACCUUCCGCUGAUUUGAUUGCUACUGUCAAACAUCUAUAUGAAACUAAGCUAAAGGAUGCCACUAUACUUAUUCCAAUUUUAUCAUCCCUAUCGAAGAGCGAGGUGUUACCUAUAUUCCCUCGACUUGUUGGCCUUCCCAUAGAGAAGUUUCAGAUGGCAAUAGCUCAUAUUUUACAGGGUUCAGCACAUACAGGUCCAGCGUUAAGUCCAGCAGAGGUUUUGGUUGCCAUCCAUGUUAUAAGUCCAGAUAAAGAUGGCCUUCCACUCAAAAAGAUAAUGGAUGCAUGCUCGGCAUGUUUUGAACAGAGGACAGUUUUUACUCAGCAAGUCUUGGCCAAGGCUCUGAAUCAGAUGGUUGAUCAAACGCCUUUGCCCUUGCUCUUCGUGCGAACAGUAAUCCAGGCAAUUGAUGCAUUUCCUUCGCUGGUUGAUUUUGUCAUGGAGAUACUCUCGAAACUUGUUGGUAGGGAGGUGUGGAAAAUGCCAAAAUUAUGGGUUGGAUUCCUGAAAUGUGUUUCCCAAACGCUGCCUCACUCUUUCAGCGUAUUAUUACAGCUACCGCCUCCACAACUAGAAAGUGCAUUGAACAAAUAUGCUAAUCUUAGAGGCCCCUUGGCUGCUUAUGCGUGUCAACCCAGUAUAAAAGGUUCGGUACAUAGAUCAACUUUAGCAGUACUAGGGCUUUCGGAUGAAAUGCACAUACAGCCGUCUCAUGUCCAAACUUUGCAAUCUUCAAAUACUGCUUCAACUCAAGCGGCAGCAAACCUUACGUGA